CAUCCCUGGCCUUUACUGCCCUGUGUUCCUUGGGGUUUCAUAAUCAUCACAAUUGUUGCGGAGAGCUUCACGAAUAGAUUUUCUCAUAGAAAUUGAUUCAGACUUUGAACACCAUGUUUAAGUUCCCUGAUCAUCAAGUUGCAGGGCACCAAGCCUGUCGUGGACAGCUUGGACCCUUAACAGAUGAUUCAGGACGUUUCUACAAGCCUCUUCAGGAUGGUGAACGUGGCUCCAAAGAGGUGGCUUUCUAUACAAUGUUCUCAUCCAAUACAAGCAUUCCAGGUCAUAUCCACAAAUUCUUUCCUGUUUUCUAUGGCACUCAGCUGGUAGAGGCAUCUGAUGGAUCUGGCUUGUGCCCCCACCUUGUCUUGCAGGAUGUUGUCUCGGGUUGCUGCAAUCCAUCCAUCAUGGACAUUAAAAUUGGAUCCAGAACAUGGCAUCCUGAAGCCUCUAAUGAAUAUAUUGAAAAGUGCUUAAAGAAGGAUAGAAAAUCUACCAGUGUGUCAUUGGGGUUCAGAAUGUCUGGGUUGCAGAUAUUUGAAUGUAAGGAGUCUGGAUUCUGGAAACCAGGAAAGAAGCAAGUUAAGGAUUUCACUCCAGAGGAUGUUAGACUAGUUCUGAGGAAGUUUGUUUCAUCUAACUCUUCUGUUGAUUCAAGGAAUCCUGAUUGUUCUUUUGCCCAUAGUGUUUAUGGUGGUUCUGCUGGGAUUUUGGCACAAUUACUGGAUCUAAAAGAAUGGUUUGAGAAUCAAACCAUGUACCAUUUCUAUUCUUGUUCGGUUCUUAUGUUUUGUGAAAAGGAGCCAUUGCUGGAGGGAAGGGCUUCUGUUGCUGGAAUCAAACUCAUAGAUUUUGCCCAUAUCGUGGAAGGCAAAGGUGUUAUUGAUCAUAACUUCCUGGGAGGGCUUUGCUCUUUGAUAAAGUUUGUCUCUGAGAUUCUUGAUAGUUCAGAUGAGUCUGCGACCAAAGCCUGUGACCAAAGCCUGCAAUCGGGAAUCCAAGAAGACAUCAUUUCUGCUGAUAAUGGCCAGAACCAAUAGGGAACAUUGAACUUUACCAUUGUGCUGUUUUUCCCUCACCGCUACAGUGUUAUGUGUAGCGUUUUUAUUAAUAACAUGGCCAAAAUGGGAUUUUGUAGUUUUAGUUUGGUUAAAAUCUCUGAAUUACCUUUAACUGGACAUUGUCCUAAUUUGUACGCGGAGUUGUGUGUCUGUUUUAGCUGAUUUUUCCAUGACAUCUGAAAAUUUCCUUCCCGCUUUCUCAUUAAGGGCUUGGCAACUAUUAGGGAUUCUGUAUCAUUUAAUAUUUUUUAUUCAAUGAAAGAUUACAUUUUUUUCCCUGAGGAAAGGAUUGUGUUUUAUAAUUUAAUUAAUGUUUUUGCCAAUAAUUUAUGCUAUUUAAUUUUCUUGUAUGUUCCUAUUGAUCAAGGCAGAGCAGCAAACCCUUUAAUGCCCCUCAACACUGUAGACAUGGACCCUCUUUGCUAUGAUGUCGGAAACUACUAAAACGAGAAGAAAUGAUACAAAGAAGUGUUAGUUUCUAUAUAGAGCUCCUAAAAAUUACAGUGUGUCGAUCGGACUUGUCAAGAAAUUUCAAAAGGCUAUAUCAGUGGACCCUUUUUCCUUCCCUGUGAUGGCAAGAAAAACUGUAGACAUGGGACUCUUUUUCCAGGGGCUACACCAUAGAAUUUUCUGUCACUUUCUUGGAAGAUUGGUGGGAAAUGUCAUUACAGAACCGAUCAACACAAUGCUAGUGCUUUAAGCAUAUAGACUUCCAGCCAACCAGGUAUACCUUUCUUUAAAGAAAUGCACUUCUUCUAA